AUGACAAAGCUUCUUGAGUUCCAAAAGAAGGUCCAAGAAAGACUCGCAACCACUCCCACUCUCCCACCAUUGUCUUCUCCUUCUUCUUCUGACUCUCCCAAAAUGGUGGGGAAGGUAAUAUACCCGAUUGGCUACGGAGCUGACCCGACAGGUGUACAAGACAGUAGUGACGCAAUCCUUGAAGCUUUAACCGAUGCUUUUCAGUUACAAACAGGGCUUGAGAUGCUUCCACGUGUCCCCGAUCUAGGAGGCCUAGUUAUUGAUCUCCAAGGUGGCAGUUACAAGAUCGGAAAACCUCUCCGGUUCCCUUCCUCCGGUGGCGGAAAUCUCGUGGUGAAAGGCGGGACUUUCCGGGCAUCAGACGUGUUUCCAGGUGAUCGGCAUUUGAUCGAGCUUGUACCAUCAAACUCCGGCAAACCAACAAAACCAUCGCCGGAGGAUUCUUUCUCCGAUAGAAAAGACCAGGACUCCGGGAUCUUCUACGAGGACGUGACAUUCAAAGACGUUCUCUUCGACUCAAGCUUCAGAGGCGGAGGCAUUUUAGUAAUCGACUCAGCUCGCAUCCGCAUAACCACUUGCUACUUCCUCCACUUCACAACACAAGGGAUCAAAGUCCAGGGAGGCCACGAGACGUACAUCUCAAACUCCUUCUUAGGGCAACACUCAACGGUAGGCGGAGACAAACAAGAACGAGACUUCUCCGGGACAGGAAUCGACAUCUCGAGCAACGACAACGCCAUAACCGACGUGGUGAUCUUCUCCGCAGGCAUCGGAAUAUCUUUAAACGGCGGUGCGAACAUGGUCACGGGAGUGCAUUGCUACAACAAAGCCACGUGGUUUGGUGGAAUCGGCAUUCUGGUGAAGUCUCAUUUGACGAGGAUAGAUAACUGUUACCUUGAUUACACAGGGAUAGUCAUUGAAGAUCCUGUUCAUGUUCAUGUCACAAACGCUCUCUUCUUAGGAGAUGCGAACAUUGUCUUGAGAUCGGUACACGGGAAGAUCUCCGGUGUAAACAUCGUUAACAACAUGUUCAUCGGUACACCGAAGAACAACUUCCCGAUUGUGAAGAUAGAAGGAGAGUUUCAUGAGAUUGAUCAAGUUGUGAUUGACCACAACAAUGCCGAAGGAAUGACGUUGAGAUCAACUACAGGGAAGGCUAAGGUUUCAGCUAAUGGGACGAGAUGGGUCGCUGAUUUUUCCUCUGUUUUGCUAUUCCCAAACCGGAUUAAUUAUUACCAGCAUUCGUUUUUGGCUCAGUCCGGUCAGAUUCCUGCGAGUGCAGUGACAAAUGUUUCCAAUAAUGUUGUGGUUGUAGAAACCGAUAGAGCUGUGACUGGAACUGUGUCAGUAAUUGUUUAUCAGUGA